AUUCUAUAAGUACCAAUGUUCCAUCAAUUCUCUCCCACCCCACUGCCCUACCAUUAAAGUUCAAAUUACAACAAAAAAUGAGAACCAAGUUUGGUGGAACUGCAAUGAUUCUAGCAUUAUGUCUCCUCUCACUACUACUACUGUCCCCAGUUGCAUUAUCUGAGAAAUGUAACCCUCAAGACAAGAAGGUACUCCUCAGAUUCAAGAAGGAACUCAACAACCCUUACUUUCUAGCCUCAUGGAAUCCACAAACGGACUGUUGUGAUUGGUAUUGCGUCAAGUGCGACAUCAAAACGCAUCGUAUCACGGCCUUAAUUAUGAAAUCUUCUGUGCCAGACACAAAUCUCUCGGGCCACAUACCCCCGUCCGUCGGUGACCUCCCAAAUCUCGAAAACCUCGAAUUCCAUAAACUUUCCAGGCUCACAGGCCCAAUUCAACCCACUAUCGCCAAGCUCACAAAACUCAAGUACCUUUUUAUCGAAUAUACCGGUGUCUCAGGCCCGAUACCAUCUUUCUUGGGCCAACUUAAAAAUCUCCAGCUACUUUACCUUUCCGCCAACAACCUCUCAGGCCCAAUACCAAGCUCACUUUCCCAGUUGCCUAACCUCGAGUCCUUACAUUUGGACCGAAACAAGCUCACUGGCCCAAUACCUAAAUCAUUUGGUUCAUUCAAAAAGCCCGGCCCAAAUAUCGACUUGUCUCACAACCAACUUUCUGGGCCCAUUCCAACUUCAUUGGGCCAAAUAGACCCAGAGAGCAUAGACUUUUCGAGGAACAAACUCGAAGGUGAUGCUUCCGUGCUUUUCGGGAGCAAGAAAAGGACACGGACACUUGACCUUUCAAGAAACUUAUUGUCGUUUGAUUUUUCGAAAGUUGAUUUUCCAAAACAAAGUUUGAUAUGGUUGGAUGUGAAUCAUAAUAAGAUUUAUGGGAAGAUUCCAGCUGCAUUGACAAAAGUGGAAAAUUUGCAACUAUUUAAUGUGAGUUAUAAUCAAUUGUGUGGUGAGAUUCCAAGAGGUGGGACUGGAAUAUUGCAGGACAAGUUUGAUGAGUAUGCUUACUUGCAUAACAAGUGUUUGUGUGGCAAACCACUUUCAAAAUGCAAGUGAUAAUGAGGUCUAGCUUAGUUAAAAAUGCAUUUCUAGUUUAAAUAAGAAAUAGAAUUUGCAUUUGGGUAUCAUUUGAAUGUUAUGUAAUGUUUAAUUGCUAAUUAAGUUGAGCUGCUAUUAUAAGUUUCGUUUAA